ACGUAUUCUUCUGUCCCUGAUUGGCUAAAGAGUUUUUAUCUGCUUGACUCAGCACAAGUGAUCUACACAAAGUGUUUAUGACACUGAAACCUUGUUAAACGCCAUUCUGUCGUGUUUCUUGAAGUCAACCUCAUUUUUUUCAGACAUUAACGGACCAGCCACUGAACGGAUCUCAAACGGUUGAAGAAAAUGAUUCACGGGCUCGUUUUGUUCUGUUUAUUUUUUUCUCCUCUGAUCGGCGCUGAGACGCUUGAGAUCGUGUCAGCGAUGGAGGGAGAGUCGUUCACUCUCCGAACUGGUUUUACUGAAAGACAGGGCGAUCAAGACAUCGAUUGGAGGUUUGGAUCCAGCAGGACUUUGUUAACCAGAAUAAAGUCAGGAAACAUCAUUACUUCCAGUCACACGGUAUUCAGAGACAGACUGCAGCUCGACAGACAGACUGGAGAUCUCACCAUCACAGACAUCAAUAAUGAACACACUGGAGUUUAUGAACUAAGUAUCGAUCUCGGACAGACAGAGUUGCAAAAAAAAAUCAUUGUCACUGUUUAUGCUCCUGUGCCUGUUCCUGUCAUCACCAGAUACUCUCCUCAGUGUUCAUCAUCCUCAUCAUCAUCAGGGUUCAAAAGUGUGCUGUUGUGUUCAGUGGUGAAUGUGGGUCAUGUGACACUCUCCUGGUACAAAGGAAACAGUUUAUUGUCCAGCAUCAGUGAGUCUGAUUUCAGGAUCAGUCUCUCUCUUCCUCUGGAGGUGGAAUAUCAGGAUAUAAACACCUACAGCUGUGUGAUUAACAAUCCUGUCAGCACCCAGACCACACAUCUGGACAUCGAUCAACUCUGUCAGACAUGUUCAGACUGUGACAAAUGGAGUCAAAAGGAGCUGUGAUCCGAUUGGUCGUCUCUGCUGUGGUGGACGUGACAUUUUAUGAUGCAGUGUUUCCUAAUCUUUUUUCUGCCAUGGCAUAGUUUAGAUAAGUAUCCCACAGCAUUCCACUAAGCACUAAAAAAAAAAGUUAGAAAGGGGGAAGGUUUUUUUUAUAAUUAAACAGUACAUCAUCAGAGUUGGUAUUUUGGCUUUAUAUAUGAUCAGACACUUGCACCUUGCCCAAAGAGAGUUAAUAAGGCUUUUGAAGAGCAAAUGAUGUAGGCAUUUAGCUUGUAUGAUCAAGAAAGUUGUUAAUAAAGUGCUUCUUAUGGAA